AUGGAGCCACAGGAUACAUCUCAUCGAAAUCCUUUGUCUUCUUGUUCCUUGAAUCGAGCCAAGAACAGUCUUUACUUCAGCUAUUUCAUCAAAUCACCGAAAGAUAAUGAAUGGGGAACAAAGCUGUCAAACCAAUCUUGGACUGGAAUGAUUGGUAUGGUUCACAGGAAGGAAGCAGAUAUCGCUAUCGAUUCAAUAGCUAUUACAGAAGAAAGAGAAGAAGCAGUUGAUUUUACCUCACCGUAUGUCUACGAUUCGGUGCGUUUCGUUACCAGUGCUCCAAAAAACAAAGAUAGAGCUUUAGCCAUCAUCAAACCUUUUAGUUGGCAAGUCUGGCUGGGUAUUUGUCUCUCAGUGUUUGUGGCGACAUCUGUUGUUACUUUCAUUUCUAUCGUAAUGAAAACUCGGAACAGACCCAGCCAGUGGGCAAAUACAUUAUGGUAUGUGACGGGGUGUCUGAUUUCUCAAGGUGGUAGGAUAUCCUUAUACAAUUACUGCAGUGUAAGAGUUUUCCUAGCCAUCUGGUGGUUUAUUGCUGUAAUAUUUUCUGCAUCAUACAGUGGCACGUUGAUGUCACACAUGACUAUUUUUACAAAGGAACAACCGAUCGACACCGUCUACGACCUGAAGACAGAAAUUCUAAAAGGACGAUAUUCGUGUGGAGUCCUUAAAGGAGCAUUCCUCCAGCAGAGACUCAUGGACCCAAAUGAUCCCGUUUAUGGUGUUUUAGGCAAGUCAGCUCGAAUUGAUUCCAGCAACGUUGUAGAGACCGACAACGUAGGGUUAUUGAGAGCCUUGAAAAGUAAUUACGCCUAUAUCAGCACCUUGGAAUGGAUGCAAUUUCUAACAGUAAAAAUAGGAGAAGACAGGUUUCACUUUGCCAAGGAUUCCUUGGAGGGUGCCACUUUAGGAAUUCCCCUACAGAAAGGAUGUCCUUAUAAGGGAUCCUUUAACAAAGUAAUUGUCCGUAUUGUGGAAAGUGGACUCAUACAAAAGUGGACCGAAGAUGUGAAAGAAGACCUACGUAGGAAUGUCACGAUCCAUACAUUAGAUGAUACAGUACGCGCACUGGAAUUAGACGAUUUACUAGGUGCAUUUUACUGUCUUCUAAUUGGUCACUUGUUCUCUACAGCGUUGCUAGUGGCUGAACUUGUGCACUGGAAAUUUAUCAGCAGAAAAUAAAAAUC